AUGGUCGGCGACGCGCUGCUGCUGGCGCUGCUGCUGCUGGCGCCGGUCAGAGACUCGGCCUGCCUGCGCAUGACGAAGGUGAAGAUCCCGUCGCCGGUUCAGGCCGGCACCAGGGUCAUGCUCUCCUGCUUCUUCGACCUGGCCUGGGGCGAACGCGUCUACAUCGUCAACUGGUACAGAAACGGCAAGGAGUUCUAUCGCUUCUCACCUAGCGAGAGUCCCUCCAUUCAGACCUUCAGCCGGCCCGGCAUCUUUGUUGACACGUUCGCCAGCAACAUGACGACGGUGGUGCUGCGUUCGGUGCCUCUGAACUCGGCGGGGCGCUACCGCUGCGAGAUCGCCACCGAGGCGCCCAGCUACGUCACCGUCCACGGACAGCGGUACAUGAGCGUCGUCGAUCUGCCAUCGGAGGGACCGAAGAUAGCGGGCGCACGGGACCUGUACAGGAUCGGCGAGCCCGUGUCGAUCAACUGUACAUCGGCCAGGAGCCGGCCUGCCGCCUCGCUCACCUGGUACAUCAACGGAGAACAGGCUGACCCCAGUCUGGUGGAAGACUACCCCAUCCAUCGCCACAUGGACGGUCUCGAGACGUCAAAGAUCAGCCUCAAAUUCGGCUGCGGCACGGCCACCUCCGACACGGCGGUGGUCUCAAGAUCAAGAGUGCUGCAAACCUGCGUUUUCCCGGUCUUCUACACUGUUGCCGUUGAAGACUGGACAUAG